CAAAGAUCCCUAGAUCCAGCUGACACUUGAGGUAUCGUAACAGAUGGCCGCAUGGCAGCCAACGUAAAAACGCGUCAUUCUUGGCUGAGCACGGACCUUGGCCCUAGCUCCAGCUCACGCUACCCCAUCGGUUAUCCCUUACCCACGUUCCCAGCAAUGUAUUCUCGUCACUAUCACACAUUGGUACGGUACCCUGGGUGCCAGUGUUGGUGUAAAGUUGUUUAGACGUUGUCUCGGCAACGGCAGUCCGAUAAACGCACGCCGCGUUCCAACAAGCAGACGUGCACGAAAGCUUCCACGCGACAAUAUUGUUUUAAGUUAUAAAUUAAAUCUAUGUGCUGAUAAAAUAAAUCACGAAGAAUAAUAUGUAAAUUAUUUUUUUUAAACCAAAGGCAGAAUGACUUUAUCCAAUGAUUAUGAUGAUCAACUUUCUUCAAAGACUGAUAUAAAUAUUGGAUCUCCUAAUUUGGAAUCGUUAUACUGUUCGCAUCUUUGGUCAAACAGUGAUUUACGAAGAGCAAUUAUAAAUUCACCAAAAACAAACAACAAAGAAAUUAAAUUCUGCUACACAUGCAAGGGGAAAAUAAGAAAAUAUGAAUUGAAAUCACCCAAUCAGAGUUUUAUGCCAAAUGAUCAUUCCACUCCAACGAGAAUAGAAAAAGACGUAAUAGCGUUACGAAAUGGAAUAAAAGACAAUAACUUUCCAGACAACUCCCAAAUAUUUGACGAAAUAAACUUAACUUCUGUAACAGAAAAAGAAAGCGACAAUUCUAAUAAGCGAUGCAUUCCAUCAAUUUCUCGUCAGAUCGAUUCUAGUUUUCGCCAAAAAUUUACUUCUUAUGAAAUGCAUCCCAAUGAAAUUAAUCAACAAAGACUUCGAAAAAGUCUAAAGGGAAUCGGAUGCAUAGUUAACUUCUCAUUGAUUGAGAGCCCAAUGAAAAAACGAACACAAAUACAAGCCUGCUCAAUUAGUUUAAUGAUAGUAGCGAUUAUAGUAAUAAGUUUUGUUUUGGUGAAUUUUACGUCUCCUAAUUUUACACGAGCAACAAAAAUAGCUAGUACAAUUGUAGUGCCAACUCAAAAUUUUGAAAGUAAUUUAAGUUCUUCGACCGUUACAAAUUUCUACUCUAAUCCUAAUUUAUUAACUGAAUUAAGUACCACAGAAUUCGUCUCAACUAUUGAGCCUUCAACUUACACCACUGAAAACAUAUCAUUGAAAUCCAGUAUUCUAUCGAAAAUUCGCAAGAAUAUUAGAACUUAUCCAAAGGAUGUAAAAAGAGAACAAGUGAGUCAGAAACCUAAGGAUAUUAUCAAUAGAGAUUUAUCGGAAAGAUUCUGUUCGUGCCAAACUAACGAAGUUUGUAUGUUGGAUGAAAACAGUGGAACUUCUGUUUGUAAAAAAGCUAUAGACAGCGAUGAUCCUACUGGAUGCGGUGGGCUGUGCGCUCUAGAAACAGAAGCAUGUAAACUAGUGGACAGGGUGCGUGGGGUCCGCGUGUGUAGACUGUUGACGUUAGUGACAUGUUCAGCUCAAGAGUGGCGUUGCAAGAACGGCUUAUGUGUUAAAGCCGAUGCGCGAUGCGAUGGUGCUAUUCAAUGUUAUGAUCGAUCUGAUGAAUUGCAUUGUGAUUGUGAUUUAACAAAACAAUUCCGAUGCGGACAUUCAAUAUCGUGUUUUUCAAAUACUAAAUUAUGUGACGGCGUAAUUGAUUGCUGGGACGGUUUCGACGAAGUCAACUGUACAGCUGAAUGUCCAAAGGAUCAAUUCACCUGUACUGAUGGGCAAUGUAUCCUAGCAACUAGAUUUUGCGACGGUUUCGUCGACUGCACAGAUGGAAGUGACGAGCCACAUGGGUGUGACGGUGGUUGUAGCGCUCAUGAAAUCAGUUGCAGGAACCACCGCUGUGUGCCUCGGACUGCGCGCUGCGACGGCCAAGACAAUUGUGGCGAUAAUACUGACGAACUACAAUGUUCUUAGCACUACUUGUGCGAAAGUGUUUAUUUUACUUUUAACUUUCUACAUUACGGCAGCACUAUACUGUCGGCCAUGAUCGCCGUCUUUCGACAUAAGUAACUACGUUAGUUUUGUAUCUAAGUAUUCAAGGAAAAGCUAACAAUGUAAUCGUCUAUCGCCUACGAUCUUAGUCGAUAUGUAAAGGACUCAUUAUAAUAUAAAUUAAUUUGGCCAUAACUAGUGUGAGUUACUGUAAUGUUUGGUUAACACUUUUAAGUCACUAUUUAUAAGUCUAUAGGUAUUUAAGUUUUGCGUGUACCUAAUCAUAUUUAUUUUAUUUAUAUCCACAGAUCAUUGUGGAAUUGGAAAGGAAUCACUUAUGUUAAUUUUUCCAGAUAUAUUUGUCCCACCUAUUUGAAAUAAAAUACCUACAUCGAAGACUAAAA